CUUUUGGUAGAUACUUGUUGUUGUUGGUUCUUUGUUUCACCCUUACUUACCACACGUAGCACACGCCCACAAUUUGUGGCGUGCGCAACCAAAAAAGGCAUCAAAACGACUUACUCCAUAAUGAAGAUGAGCUCGCCGAGGAUCAUGCAGCAGCAGCAUCAGAAACGGAGUAGUAAAUCCUCAAAUUCCUCACGGGUCUCAAUGACCACCUCAACGGCUGAGGAGAAUCUAAUUGAAUCGAAACUCUUCAGUUGGAUGAGACUUUUCCGUUUUGCCUCAUUGCUAUGUCGUGCCGAGUAGAUGGAAGAUGGACAAAAUCCAAAAAAAAAAAAUGGGAUGUAAAUCCAAAAAAAAAAACAUUAAAAAAAGAGAAAACAAAAAAAUUAACACUAUAUUAGAUACUCGUACUAGUUGCUGCUUUUCCAUAACACUUUCUCAAUUUUUUCCCAGCAAUGUAGUUUUUAAGUCAAAAACACAACAAAAUUACACUUUACAUACAUAAAUAGUUACAAAAAUGGAAAAAACAAAAACACAAUCUGUUACAAUUUAAUUUCCAAAUUUUCACAAUUAAGUCAAUUUUUAGUGUAAAUUCUUCUUUCAAGAGGGGAAUUUCUCGCGCCUUUCGUACCUUUUGUAUUGUAAUAAGUCAAAGAUAAAAAAAAACCAACAUUGAAUAGAAAUCAUAAAUGAAAUAUAAAGAAAUUUGCAAUAAAAGCAAAAACAAAAGUUAAUGUAGUUUACUAAUUUUCCAUUUCAUUUAUUUGUUUACUUUUUUUUUGUGAUUUUUGUUCUUUUUUUGUUUCUUAAGUUUUUAAAAAUGAAUAAUUGAAAUACCAACCAUAAAUGCGAAGAGGAUCGCGAGCGAAAGCUUCGAACUUGUAUGAUAAAUAUAUAUUUUUGUAAUUUACCACUAUUUUUUGCGUGUCACAACAGAAAAUGGCAAUUAAAUAGAUAAAUCUACAAAUACAUACAUAUACAUAAAUAAAAAAAAAACAAAUAUAUAUAUAUAUAUUAACUAAAAAUGCAAACUGCAAUACCUAAACAAUAAUAAUACCAUGUAUACAUAUACAUACAUACAUACAUAUUAGAGGAAUAUAUUUACCAUAUACAUAUAUAAAUUAUAUAUAUAAAUAAAUAAAUAGUGUCAAGGAAAACGCUUCAACCUAAACAAAUUCAACAUUCACUCUCAGCAUCUGCAAUAGUUAAUGAAUAAAUUGCAUUUAUUAUAAAACUCCCCCCAAACAAUGUUGCCAAUAAAUCUGCAAUAUGCAAUAAAUAUUUCAUUUGACAAGCCCUUCUCCAACCCAAAAAAGAACAGACAACAACAACUAGUAGAAGAACAAGAAAUUUUAAUUAUUAAUUAGUUAGUAAGCGAAUCCUGUACUAAAAAAUAAAACAAAAAACCAAAAGAAAGCCAACAACAAUUAUUACAACACACACAAACAUCAUACAUAGAGCAAAAAAUGUUGAAGUCUAUGCAAUAAAUCGAUAUCGAGCAAUAAAUAAAGUCUUUAAA